GCUCCGCCCCCCAGACUACACGAGGAGCUGCUGCUGCUACUGCAGCAUAAAUGAACCCUGCCCCAGACGCCACUCUGCGGUGCGUUGUGUGUGAUGUAGAGAGGAGCCAGCUUAAAUAAAGGAGAGGUGCGCCCAUUUGAUUGAUUUCAGAACAAAAGGAUGAUCCAGAACCCAGGUAACAAGAUCUAUCAUGAUCAUGAGACCAAUGCAGAAGAAGUAUAUAAAAAAUAUUUAUCUAAUGAAGCUGAUCAAUCAACUUUCAAAGAGAUCACUUUAUACCCUAUGGAAAAAUUACAUUCAUUAUCAGAUAUAAUCAGAGGAAACUCCGUGAUUGACGUCAGCCUCGGUCCGAACAUUUCUGUUCUGUUAGCAAUUUCGGAUCUCUUUAAGGAUAUCACAGUCCUAAAGAACAGCAAGCCCUCACUCAGAGCAGUGGAGAAAUGGAUGAAGAACCAUCCAGGGGCUCUUGAUUUUUCUCAUGCGUCCAGUAAAGCUUCUGAUCUGAGAGACAACAGUGCUGGCGCGCUGGAGAUAGAGGCGCAGCUGAGAUCAGCAAUCAAACAAGUCCUACCAUGUGACUUUACCAAAGAAAACAUCACCGCCCCGGUGGUCCUGGAGAAAGCAGAUUGUGUUGUCUGUACUUGGAUGCUUGGUACAGUUAGUACAGACCAAAUGUCUUACAUGAAUAACAUGAAGAAACUCGCCGCAAUGCUGAAACCAGGAGGGAGACUAGUUGUGUUUGGAGGAAUCAAUGCUGGUUACUUUUGUGCUGCGGAGAAGAAGUAUCAUACAUUAUGGUAUGAUGAAAACACUGUCAGGAAGGCUCUUGGAGAUGCCGGGUGCCAUGUUCAAAGUAUUGAUGUAAAGGAGAGUAUAAUUCCUGAUCAUACCCUUGACAAUACACACGCAUUUUGUGCACUGGCUGUUAAAGGGGAUGCUUAGCAAAUUAAUUAAUUAACAUUAAUUAAGAUGCAUGAUGAACAUCCACAAACAAGCUAGCUUUGCUUUAUGCUUGUGAAAUUAGGCUUAAUGCCCAAUAAAUGUAUAAUCAUACUUAGCUACUGUCUCGCACUGUAACCCUAUUCACUAA